CAUCACCGAAUGACAGUACACACAUUUUUCUCGUAGCACCGGUCAAAAAUGUUUUGCUAAAGUGUUAUCCAAAAUUUAAUCAAAUGAAUUUUUACCUGUAGCUUUGACUAAAUGACAAUAAUUUAACGUAAGGCUUUAACGCAACAACGAAAUCUAUAUCGCAUGUUGUCAUUCUCAUAGCGAUCCCGUUAAAAUGUACCAAGUCAUCAAAUAUCCAGCUUUCGUACUCAUUUUGCUGAUGAGUAUCGAUGGUGGUUCCAGCCAAUUGUUGGAAGGUCUAUAUUGCGGUAAACAGAACUGCUAUGACGUGCUAUCGGUAAACAGAGACUCAACUCGAUCAGAGAUCUCAAAGGCUUAUCGACAGUUAGCCAAAAAAUUCCAUCCGGAUGUCCAUCAUAAUAUCGACGCAAAACGCGAGGCCGAAAUUAAAUUCAAAGAAAUUGCAACCGCCUACGAGAUUCUACGUGACGAUGAAUCGCGAACCGAUUACGAUUAUAUGUUGGACAAUCCACAAGAAUAUUAUGCACAUUACUACCGCUACUAUAGGAGACGUGUAUCGCCGAAAGUUGAUGUUCGUCUGGUGCUGGUCGUUACAAUAUCCGUAAUUUCGAUCAUUCAGUACUACAGUGCAUGGCAGAGGUAUGAGAGUGCCAUAAAAUAUUUUCUAACGGUGCCAAAGUAUCGGCUCAAAGCUGCAGAAAUAGUGCAGUCAAGGCAAGGUAAAGAUUUGACCAAAAAAAGCAAAGGGAAACUAAGCAAAGCUGAACAGAAAGAAGAGAACGAGAAACUGAUUCGGCAAAUAAUCGAAGAAAAUAUGGACAUCAAAGGGGCAUACGCCAAGCCGGAAAUAAAAAACAUUUUGUGGAUUCAGUUGCUCAUGUCACCGUACACAAUUACCAUGUACUUUGUGUGGUACUUUCGAUGGAUUUUUAAUUUCACGAUAAUGAAAAAACCGUAUGGUGAUGAAGAGAAAUUGUACCUGAUUCGAAAGCAUCUGGGCAUGGGACAAAAUCAAUUCAAUGCGGUGGAAGAGGAGACGAAAAACGAGUACCUAGAAUUGGAACUGUGGAUCAAAACCAAUUUCAUCAAGUGGAAAAAGGAAAAAGAGGAAGAAAUGAAGCUGAAUUUGGCCGAGAAUCCGCGUUACAAACAAAUCCGACGGUAUAUGAGAAACCACGAGCCAAGAAGAAUGACGUUCGACGAUUGAACACAUGGUACAGAUUUAAUGUUUUCAUCAAUUAAAAUAAGUUUUCUAAGCCAAAA